CAAGAGAUAUUCUACACCAUCCUAAAGUUUCUUUAAGUCUGUCCUAGGAACAUUAUUAUAAUUCUAACACAGCGCUGAACGUCUUGAUUUGUAACUUCUUUAAUUAGGAUAUUCUCAUAUUUUCAUCAUUGUUUAUGCGUUUUUAAAUGUGGAUAUGGGCCGACGUAUGGAAUAUGUCAUACAUGAAUACUCUGUUAACGCAGUGCACUGAAAGCUUUUGGAUCCCCUGGUAACCUGGGCUCACCAUAGUUAGCCUAAAACGCUCUGAAGCUACCAUCAGCCUCCUUCUCUCAACGGAAGUUUACUCAUUUUGGGAUUCUUUCUGUCCAGGACAAAUGGACGUCUCUGGUUCCACUUCCUUUUCCUCCUCCCCUUCUCCUUCCUAUACUUUUCCUUUUCUCCCUAAUCUCUCCCUUCCCUCUUCUUCUCCCUCCCUCUCUCCAUCUCCAAGCAUAGCUUCCACUGCUCUCUUCUGCCUUUUCCUAUCACUCCUUUCACUGCUGGGCAUUUUGGGAAACGUGUACACGCUGGGGCUUCUCAUUCGACGCCGCAGGACCUCAAGGCGACGUACAGCUCUUGCCUGUUGUAACAGCCCCUCCUGCUUUGGCACCUCCUCUCCAUCCUCCUCUCCCAUCUCUUCCUCCUCCUCUUCCUCUCUUCACCUGCAGGUUCUGAGUCUGGCUUUGGCAGAUCUGGUGUACCUCUCUACUGCCCCCUUCAUUGUAUAUGACAGCUUAGCGUCUGACUGGGCCUUUGGUGAGCUAGGCUGUCGGCUGCUGCUCAGUCUGGACCUGCUCACCAUGCAUGCAAGCAUAUUUACCCUCACCGCUAUGAGUCUGGACCGGUAUCGAGCUGUGGCUGACCCAUUGGUAGCCUCCUCAACACCUUCGUCUGGACUGCUGAGAGUAGCUUUGGCCUGGGGCUUUGCCGUGGCCCUCAGCUUGCCCAUGAUGAUCACUCUGCACCUUGAAGAUGGAGACAACCAGGAAGGCAAGCUGUGUGUGCCUGCUUGGGAUGAGCAGAGUUCCAAAACCUACCUCAGUGUUCUCUUCUGCACCAGUAUUCUGGGCCCAGGGCUAGCCAUUGGAGCUUUGUAUGCAGCCUUGGGAAGGCUCUACUGGGUAUCUCAGACUCAGCCAGCCUGGGCAGGAGGGGGCAAUGCCUACCCACCCCGUGCACCUCGCCCCAAAGUCCUGCUCCUCAUCCUGGGCAUUGUGCUAACAUUCUGGGCUUGUUUCCUCCCAUUCUGGAUCUGGCAGCUUCUGCCACUGUACCGGCCGGAUUUGCUGCGUGUGGUGCCAGUGGGCACGCAGGUGACCAUUAAUCGAAUCCUCACAGGAUUGACUUAUGGAAACUCAUGUGUGAAUCCAUUCUUUUACACACUGUUGACGGGCAAGAGCAGACGGCCCAGCAGAAAAGCGACAAGUGCAGCCACCCCACUCUGCCACAAGGGCAGCUCUGAUCAACAAUAACAGCUGUCCACUAUGAUGUCCUCCAAAACGUACAAUCCAUGAAGCCCAUGCGGGCUCAAGACUGUGCAUAGUUAUGUUCAUUAAACAGAUUAUGUUUCAUUUUGGUGCUAAAAGGGCUUAAAUGUUAUAGCUUUACACUUGUGCCGUGUAAAUAUAGCAAUUAAAUAAUCUAGAAAAUCAGAGCAGCAUUAUGUAUUAAGUUCCCUGCAAACCACAAUGAAAUACAUAGCAAUGAAUGCUUAUGUAAGAAUCUCUGAAAUCCUUACUAGGUUUGUCAACUUUGACAAGUAAAACAAAAACCCUCUCCAACCUGCCUUCAAAAAUUAGUGGACUAAAAUGUGUCAAACUUCUGGGCAAAUAAGGCAACUUGAAAGGAACUAAAAAACUUCUUCAGGAUUUGCAAAUUGCCCCAGGAAAUUCUUUUGAGAGGUGUAAACUAUUUAACUACCAUAUUGGUUUAUUGGUGUAAAGGCAAAGGAGAAAUAGUAUAGAUUUGGCUCAAAGGACAUGUCAGAGUUUGCUCUUUUAAGGAGGAUAAAUCAGUUCUGUCACAAAGCCAGGACAAGCAACAUCUCAUUUUGUGAUAUGGCAAUAUGCUCUCUAUGAGGUACUUCAUCAGACUCAACUACAAAAAUCUUUUAUGUCCAACAGAUUUUGUGCAAUCCUGACUUUGUGUAUUUAUUGGCACCUUAAAAAUACAUAUAAAAUAUUAUGUAUUUUAUGGUAUAAAAUACCAUAAAAUACUUAUAAUAUAUAAUUAAAAGUACCUAAAUAAUUACUUGCCAUUUGUUAUUCCAUUCAUCUAAUUCUAUGAUUAUUGUCAUAACUGAAUUGAACAGAAUAUAAUCACUACUUAUUGCAAUCACUGCCAAACUUUUUCAAGGUUGCAAUUAGCCAAAUUAAGCAACAUUUAAAAUUUUCCAAUGUCACAUUUAAACUUUUGCUCAUUUGAUCCUAUUUAUGCAUGUUCAUGGGAAAUGCCAGGAAAGGAAAUUAUUCAGUUUGUGAAAAUGUGCAAUCAAUUAUUCUAAAAUGCAUAUUUCAUUUCUAAUCAAAAGUAACAUGUGGCUUUCACUCAACUCUGACCUUUAAAAAGAUGUUUUUCAAUUGUACUGCAUGUGUUUUACUGUUAAAUAAUUGCAUUGCUUUGCACAAGGCUUGGCUGAAAGUAUCUAUAUACAGUAUACAUUCAGAGGUGCUUUUCAUAAUAUACA